CGGCCGUUGACCGUCUGUGACUUUUCCGGUUUUCCCCACCGCCACAGUGAACGCAGCACCAGGAGACGAACUGGUGGGUGGAGCAUUCGGGAAGUUGCCGUGAACGCUAUCCUCCAAUCAGAAGCGCCCAUCGCACGCGCAACAGCGGUUCGCGCAGCUCCAUGUUGGAUCAGUCGUUUUUUCUUAGAAAUGUAGUGACCCGGAGGUGAGGCUGCGCUUACUGUCUAGUAACAAACGGACGGCCCCGGGCAGUCAGGCGGGUUCAGGUAUGAGGGCUACCCGCCGACAGACCGCAGGGCUGCAAACGAAUGUUUUCUGGAGGUUUGCGUGAGCGAGCAGCGUCAUCCCUUUGCUUUGAAACGGGGCCGAGAAAUUAGGUUAAAGACGCACCUGGAGAGGGGAGCGAAAAGUGGCAUGCGGGGUGAAGAAGAAGUAAUUGGAUUGAGAUAACGCCUCGCUGGCACGAUGUUCACUCUCACUGAGAUUGCAUCCCUGAACGACAUCCAGCCAACAUACCGCAUCUUAAAGCCAUGGUGGGACGUCUUCAUGGACUACCUGGGUCUGAUCAUGCUCAUGCUGGCCGUAUUUGCAAUGACCAUGCAGAUCACCAAGGACCAAGUAGCUUGCCUUCCAUGUAUAGAUAAUGCAGAGGAAGCCUCAGGAACAAGCUCGUUGCCCCAGCAGAGACCUGAGGAUGUAACCUCAUCCACCAGAGCCCCUGUAGGAACAACCAUCCCACCGGUCACUAAGGACCUAACGGAUGAAGCGGUCAGUAAGAUUACUGCAUUACAAGCCCCUCCAACAGGGGUCAAAACAAACCUGGACUUUCAACAGUAUGUCUUUAUCAACCAAAAGUGUUACCAUGAUGCCUUGCCCUGGUAUUCCAAAUACUUUCCAUACCUCACCCUCAUCCACACCCUCAUUCUCAUGGUCAGUAGCAACUUCUGGUUCAAGUACCCCAAAACAAGUUCGAAGAUUGAGCAUUUUGUUUCUAUUCUGGGACGGUGUUUUGAAUCUCCUUGGACAACAAAGGCUUUGUCUGAAACUGCUUGCGAGGACUCGGAGGAAAACAAACAGAGGCUGACCGGCACCUCUUCUGCACCAAAGCAGGUGUCUAUAGAGGGGAACGAUGACAGCACAAAUGUGAGCCCAUCCACACCCAUGCUUGGGGUGAAAUUUUCUGCAGAUAAGCCUAUUGCGGAGGUCCCAAGUAGCAUGACGAUCUUGGAUAAAAAAGAUGGGGAGCAGGCCAAAGCUCUUUUUGAGAAGGUGAGAAAAUUCAGAGCCCAUGUGGAGGACAGCGAUUUUAUCUACAAGCUUUAUGUAGCACAGACCAUUGUCAAAUCUGUGAAGUUUAUUUUGAUAUUGUGCUACACUUCAACCUUUUUAGCCGAAAUAAAAUUCACACAUGAAUGUAAGCCUGAUAUAAAACAUUUAACAGGAUAUACAAAGUUCUUUUGUACACACAACAUGGCUUUCAUGCUGAGCAAACUGCUCGUCACCUAUGUGGCAUUGAUAAUGAUCUAUGGGAUGACAUGCUUGUACUCUCUCUUCUGGGUCUUCCGGCGACCCCUGAAAGAGUAUUCGUUUGAGAAGGUCAGGGAAGAGAGCAGCUUUAGUGACAUUCCUGAUGUCAAAAAUGACUUUGCAUUCCUUUUACACAUGAUUGACCAGUAUGACCAACUUUACUCCAAGCGCUUUGGCGUUUUUCUGUCUGAGGUCAGUGAAAAUAAGCUAAGGGAGAUCAGCCUCAACCACGAGUGGACUUUUGAAAAAUUAAAGCAGCUUGUCACGCGUAAUGCACAGGACAAGCAGGAGCUGCACCUCUUCAUGCUCUCUGGACUCCCGAAUGCAGUGUUUGACCUCACAGAUUUGGAAGUGCUCAGACUGGAGCUGAUUCCUGACGUGAGGUUCACUGCAAAGGUCUCCCAGAUGACCAGCUUGCAAGAGCUGCAUCUUUGCAACUCUCCGGCCAAAGUUGAGCAGACGGGCUUUGCUUUCCUCCGUGACCAUCUCCGCUGCCUUCAUGUCAAGUUCACCGACGUUGCCGAGAUCCCGGCUUGGGUUUAUUUGCUUAGGAACUUGAGGGAGCUUAACCUAAUUGGCAACCUGAGCUCAGAGAACAACAAAAUGAUUUGCCUGGAGUCCAUGCGAGAUUUGAGGCAUUUAAAGACGCUAUGCCUGAAGAGCAACCUCACAAAAAUCCCCACAAACAUAACAGAACUUUCUCCGCAUCUGAUUCGGUUAAUGGUUCACAAUGAUGGUACAAAAUUGCUGGUCCUAAACAGUUUGAAAAAGAUGACAAAUCUGAUUGAAGUGGAGCUGCACAACUGUGAACUUGAUAGGAUUCCCCAUGCCAUUUUCAGCUUAACCAAUUUACAAGAACUUGACCUGAAAUCCAACAAUAUUCGAACCAUAGAGGAGAUCAUCAGCUUCCAGCACCUCAAGAGGCUGACGUGCCUUAAACUGUGGCACAACAAAAUAAUCACCAUUCCAGCCACCAUCGGCCACAUCAAGUCUCUGGAGGCUCUCUACCUCUCUCACAAUAAACUGGAGACCCUCCCUGCUGCCCUGUUCACUCUGCCCAAACUGCGACACUUGGAGGUGGGCCACAACUCCAUCUCGGUGCUUCCUCCAGAUGUGGGUCUCCUCCACAACCUCCAGCACUUGGCCAUCAACUCCAACAAGCUGGAGGGGCUGCCCAAGCCUCUGUUCAGAUGCACCAAGCUUAAGGUGCUGUGUCUGGGGCACAAUGCGCUCACGAUGCUGCCAGAGGCUGUGGGUCAGCUAGUCCAGCUCACUCAGCUGGAGCUCAAAGGAAACUGUCUGGACAGAGUGCCUGCCCAGUUAGGAAAUUGCCGCCUGCUGCGCAGAAACUGCCUAAUCGUGGAGGACCAUCUUUUUGACACACUGCCCGUGGACGCUAAAGAAAGUAUCAGCCGAGAAACCUUUUAGCACAAAAGCCACCUAAAAAGACGGAUGGCUUCAACCAUUAUUUUUGUAUUGUAUUAUCCAUGCAUUUCUUGAUUAGUAUUUUUAGGCUGUCUUAGUUGCUUCUGUUUAAAUACAGCAUAAGAAAACAGAGCUUUUGUUAUUGCGAAGUAUGUAUCUAAUGCAACAUUGUUAUUAUGCUUUUUUGAUAGCUUUGAGAUAUUAAAAAUCCAGCUUCUUUGUAUAUUAUUCUAUAGACCAAAACCAUUUCAGUGGCACAUUAUAUACAUUUGUCAUUAUUGUUUUAGGUACUCAGGUAUAAAUGUAACCAUUGGGAACAAUCUUUUUGCCUUAACUGCUGCUAUUUGUUUGUUUUUGUUUUUUUACAGUGAGGGCUUUCACAAACAACAGGACAAAAAUUAAUAAUUUAUGAUUUCUUGUCAGAUUUCUUUCUUUUUGUGUUGAAACUAUCAAGGUACUUUUUAACUUGUUGAAAUCAAGUAACCAGUGUAUUUUUUUUUUUUCUUCAUACCUAUGUAGCCGAAAGAAUUUGAGUUGUAAACUCAGGUGGAGACGAGAAAAGAACUUUUACCCCACUGUAGUAAAGAUUGUAUAUGAAAGCCUCCAGUAAUUCAUUUGCACAUUGAAACCCUAAUGAUGUAAAGAUUGGUGAAUGUCCUGCUGAGAGAACUAAUAAAAGGGAAAUCGGUUGACUAGCUUUUGAAACCAUGUUUUGAAGUGUGAUUUGAAUCUGUUGUGUUGAGCUACUGGUCCCACAUGUCACAAUCAUGUAAAGAUGAUGACAUCUGCCUUCAUUCUUGUCAAUGUACUUCUGUGUAGGCCUGAUAUACGUGUUCUUCAGAGCUGCUGUACCACCUUGAUGAGCCUCUGCUCAAAGUUCACAUUUUUAUUGUACAAUAAAACAACAGUCCAGA